AUGGUGGAGAACAAGAAGGCCUCCAUGUCACAAUCUGGUUCUCUGCCACCUAGUUCCUGGGCUCAUGCAGAGCGUCAGCUCUUGGAAUAUAUGCUAUCCCGUCGUGACAAUCAAUUGCGGAACCUUCCAGAUCUAUUUGGAAUAGUAGAUAUUGGAAGAUCGAGCUUGAUGAUUAUCGAGGUGGUUUGA